GGCUCGUGCUCCACUCGUCAAGUAUAGCCACUUGCCGGCUGGUUCAAGUUUAUUUUAUAAACUUGGUUUUCUCUCUAUAUGUCAGAAAACUAAAUUUUACAUAUCUAUUAAAUAAUGGCCGGACGUGGUCGAGGUAAAUCUACUGGGACACUUACCCAAGAGCAGUUGCAAUCGAUGGGAGUGACGAGAAAUGAAAUGCAAACUGUCUCCUCGGCAGCUCCACCACCACUCUAUCCUAUACUACAGUCUAAACCAGUUCCUCUGGAGUCAAACCCUGACCGAGAUUAUAAAAUCUUGUGGAAAGAGGAUUUUAUUUCGUACCUUAGGGAAUCCCCUUACUACACGACCGUAAAAUGCUCCAAAAGUCCUGUGGAACGAUACUCGGACAAAGUUAUUAACGUGAUUGAAAAUGACCCGAAACGGAAACAAGACGGUGGCUUCAUUUGGAGCAUGAUGCCGGCCGAACUAAGGCCGACAUUCAAACGAAGCAAACCUGCCGGUACCAUUGGUAGUGAGAAAAAUGCUGCCAAACGAUCGAAAGUGGUGGAUAUUGAUGCCAAGCUAAGUGCAUUGGAAAAGAAAGAAUCCUUCCUCGACGCAGAAGUAAAGAAGGAAAAGCACGGUGAUUCCGAUGAAGAUGACGAACAGGAAGAGGAAAUGGUUGAUGAGGAGAUGGACGAUGAGAAUGACUACGGGAAUAAUUAUUUUGAUAACGGGGAGGCAUACAACGAGGAGGACGAUAAUCUAGACGAUGGACCCGUUUAUUAAAAGUGAGACGUGUUAUAAAUGUCUAUAUUCAUCUUUAUUCAACAGGUGAAGUAACUUCUAUACAAUUUCAUUUAUUUCAGUGAUAAGCAAAAUAAUUGUUUAUGUUUGCGUUUUACCUCUCCACAUACGGGAGAUUUUAUAGUUAUUUGUUCGAUUACCUACAACUAGAUAGGUUUACACUAGAUUCUAAGGUGUGUAAAUAUAACAAUAAGAGUAUAAUAUGGUGCAACAAAAAGUAGAGAUUACUUAUAAAAUAUUUCUUAACUUUUAAGUCGAUAUCAGGACUGGAAUUGUAUGACGUUCUGCAAUGUCGAUCUGUGAG